AACAGAAGGCCAAACAAUAUACAGAGAACCGCGCCGCAAACCUACAAAACUGAAAUCAAAAUUCUACCUUUCUCCUGGGUUAUUUGACUCUGAACAACACGGCCCAGGAGCUACGCUUUUAGGCUGGCCUAAAUCUAUAUAUUAUGAUAUCAACGCGUGAAUAUGUAACAUGCAAUUCUAAAUUACUGAGUUUUAGGGGAUAGAGGAAUAACCAUGGCAUUUUAUUUCAGAACCCAGUUCUCCUCCCCAGUUUGUGCGAGCAGUUAACAAAACCAUGGACAGUAUCGGCGUCACGUGGAAUGAGGUUCCAACAAGUGAUCAAAAUGGUGUUAUCGUGAAUUACACCGUCAGUUAUCAUUCAGUUACACCUGGAUUCCUCGUAGAGGAGAAAUUAAUCAUUGCUCCAUCACGGUUUGCGACACUGACAAAUCUCACAAGGAACACAGAUUACAGUAUCUCAGUGAUGGCCUCUAAUCGAAUUGGAAAUGGACCUUCUAGCUCUCCUACAUUUGUUAACACAAGCGAUGACAGUGAAUUCCAGUGUCCAUUGGAAAAAGUACAGCUCAAAGCAGAUGCCAUUCGCUUAUUCAAAGAUCCAAACAGUUGUUUUCACUACUACCAGUGUGACCUUACAAGUGCAGCUAUAAUUCUUGUAGACUGUCGCCAAGGAACGGAAUUUAAAGAAUCGCCGUCUGGCGGCUUAUGCGAGUAUCCUGGCGAGCCCUAUUGCCAUGUCUAAGCAACGGCAACUGUCUAAAGUCUUUUUUAUCAACUAAACAAAGCAAGCUUUAUCCCUCAAAAUACUACCUAAAGUUAGUUCCGAUAGGGUUUCUUCCAUAACACCGGUUGAAAUUUCGGUCUGAACGUAAAUGGUAAGACAAUUUUUACUCGAGCGACCGGGAAAUUUUCGAAAUAGACGGAACGUGUUCCAGACAAUAUUUCCAACCGAAAUUUCCUAGUGGAAAAUGUCCUUAUCAUUUGCAAUUCUUCGCCGACUUCUUGGAAUUCGUCCUAGUCUCUUUCGCUAAAUUGGGAGUUUAUAAGGAAAUGGUAAAUGGACAAUCCGAAAGGAAUUCACCAUCAGGGAUUUUUGCUUACCAUUUGUACAAACCGUUGAGGAACCGGUUUCUCCGUGUAAAUGGUAAACAACUGUUGACUGUUGUUUAGGACCCUAGUUUCUAGGAAUGAUGUCUUAUAGGUAAAUAGAUUAAGGGAAAAUUCAUCGGACGCCUUAAUGCGAAUUUUUGGUGCGAGCUUACUCUCAUACACUUCAUGUGACAUUGAAGAGUAUUUGUUUAUGAAUAUUAAUCUAAGAAGUUGCUGGGUGGUUCUGCGUUAGUCUAAAACAAUUUAAAUUAGUACGGUGGCAAGCUUAUUGUAUCGAUGCUCAUUUAUAUCAAUACUGCAGGAAAUCAUUUAAACGUUGCUUAGAUCCUUAGAUUUUGUGAACUUAUUUAGCAUUUGAGUAUUUGACAAUAGGUAGGUUGCCAACUAUUUUGUAUUUCAAAUUAAUUUCUUAAGCUCCAGUAAGCAUAAGCCUCAUACUGACAAUCAUUUGAAACAAAAGGUAGAUUUGCUUUUUUGCAUAAAUAAUAGUAUGGCUGGCUUGAUUUAGGCAUUAAACCAUAUCACUCUCUCUUACUAUAAAUAGAUUUGGUUCUCGGCCGAUAGAGUUUAUCUGCCUUCAUUCAUAUAUUAAUCAUGUUGAAAGAUCUAUGUUGUACGACGGUGAACAUUUUAAGUUCCCGUUGCUGGUGCAUAUGUAUUCAGUUUUUAACCAGCGUUUUUAAAUAAAGUAAAAAGUAAAUAUCAUCAAAGAAGGUUCAACUAUAUGCGCAUAUCCAGUUUCCGUUUAGUGUAUCCAGUCGAGUAACAUGUAUGAUGAAGUUUCAGUUUUUAGGGCGAAUUAAAAUAUCUGUUUUGACGUUUGAGUUACGAGUUGUUUUUACGAACUUGAACUUCUGUACUCCUGAAUGGUUAAUUUCUUGCUAAUUUCAGUAGACAAUCUGUGGCUCGUUGAUAGCCGUAGCAGGUUUAACCUGACUUUCAAGCGUAUAUUUGUCACACUGUGAUGAGUAACACGUCAAAACAUGCACCAUUUAAUGUUUGAAUGUAACUGCUAAUAGUGAAAUAAGUAAUUUCAAUGUAACUGUUUAGUUAAUGUCCCUCCGUUUUAAAAGCAUCUUUUACUCAAAAUAAGGAAAAAUUUACGACAAAGAAAAAGAACAUGAUAAGUUUUAAGUACUAGAAUUUUAAAUGCUAGCAACUAGGGUUUUUCAAACAAACAUCAACGGAAGACAGCACCGAUCAAUUGCUAUGAGCUUUUAAUGCGUCAGUUGGUAAUUACCAUCUGUAGGCAGCUGGGUCUGGUUUUCAUGUGUAAAAGGUAAAGGCUUAAUCUGAUAAUGCAGCCUCUUUCCGCCAGUUUGACGAUGUUCAGCAACCUCAUUUAUCACAGCAUACUUCUUUUAUUUUUCGUACCACAAAAAAUUGUGGCAUUUCAACCGGUCACAGAAAACAACCAUGCUUUGGUCGGCCAUGUUUUUCAGCAGUUAUUCGCCAAAGACUGGUUCAACUGUAUUCAGGCCUGUCAUGAUGAACCAAGAUGCAUCUCGUACAACUACCAAAGAUCAGCAGGCGCCAACGGUUUGUGUGAAUUGAAUGACUAUGGAGUUGAAGACUUAUGCGACAGAAGUACGUCCCUUAUCUACUCACUGGGAUUUGUAUUUCAACAGAUAAGACAAAGCGAGGUGAGUACUGUGUCGAUACCUAACAUAGCCUCUUCCAGGCGUUCACUAAGACUUGCAGCUGAAGUUUACAUGUGACCCUGAAGUGUUAUUCUCUACGGAUUGUUUAUUUUAUUCAAAUUUUAUAUCUUUAAUGCGGCCUGAAUUUAUUUUAUGAUGAGCAGUAUUAGGUAGACCAUUCUGCAAAUCAAAUUUACAUCUAUGUUUAGGAUCUCGUAACUUUUUAAAAGUUAUCAAAAAUCGUUAGAAUUUUUGUUAUUGUCGGCCUAUUUCUUUCGAUAACCCUACAUGGAUUUCGGUUAACUAUGGGCCUUUUGCAUGAUGGGAAGUAGUUAAUUUUAGAUAGCCCAUUUCGUGUUAUUUUUUUCAACUUUUCAUCAUAUAAUUCGAUGCGAAAUUUAAAAACAU